AUGGAAUGUCGAAACCAAAAUCAUCUUCUGACUUCAGCUCGUCCUUCAGAACCAGAACCUCAUCCCGUACUCUCACCUACGGAAUGGCGUCCCUUCACUCUGACCGACAAAAUAGCUUUGUCACAUAAUACAGCUCGAUACGUCUUUUCACUCCCUAAAUCUACCGAUUGUCUAGGAUUACCGAUCGGACAACAUAUUAGCGUGUCGGCUGAAAUUGAUGGCAAGGAAAUUAUGAGAAGUUAUACGCCUGUAACUUUGGAUGAUGAUUUGGGUCAUUUCGAUUUGGUCGUCAAGACAUACGAUAAAGGGAAUAUUUCUAGAUAUUUAUCUCUUCUCACUAUAGGUCAACAAGUUAGGAUCAAAGGUCCGAGGGGAAAAUUCGCUUAUACUCGUAACCUCGCCCCUCACCUACUCAUGAUCGCCGGAGGUACAGGUAUCACACCCAUGUAUCAGAUAAUCAAAUCUUCUUUGAAAGAUCCAAAAGACAAAACUGAGCUUGCUCUCAUAUACGCCAAUGUCAAUGAAGAUGAUAUCUUGUUGAGAGAUGAUCUUGAGAAAAUGAGAGAUGAAUCCAAUGGAAGAUUCAAGCUCUACCAUACCCUGAACCAUCCCCCAGCUGGCUGGAAUCAAGGUACUGGCUUCGUUACGAAAGAAAUGAUUGAACAAUUCAUGCCUAAAGGUGGCGUCGGAUCUUCUGUUCAUGGAGAAGGGGAAAAGGUGUUGAUGUGUGGACCCCCUCCUAUGAUCGGAGCGAUGAAAGCCCAUCUGGCCGCCAUAGGUUAUCCCGCCCCACGAACCAUCUCCAAGCUAGAAGAUCAAGUCUUCUGCUUUUGA